AUGCGGCCUUUAACAUUCUAUUUUGCCAAAGACGUGGCAUUUGGCGGAUUCUUUGGCAAUAAAGAUUUAGCGGAAGAUAAAUCUAUAGAUGAUCCAGGAGAUGGUCAAAUGGAGGCUGGUAGAAUGGAAGCUGGCCAAAUAGAUGAUGAUCAAACGUAG